GGCGGCACGAUGAGCACGAAGCAGGUGACGUGCAGGUACUACUUGCAGGGCGUGUGUCGGGAGGGAAGCAAGUGCCUGUUCUCCCAUGAUUUGGCCACCAGCAAAUCCUCCACCAUCUGCAAGUACUACCAGAAGGGGCAAUGUGCCUACGGCUCCCGCUGCAGGUAUGACCACGUGAGGCUCCCGGCGGCGGGCGGAGCCGCGGCCCCGCCGCCCCCCGCGGCCCCGGGCAGCCCCCGGGCGCCUCCCGAGCACGGCCCCGCCGCCCCGCGCAGCAGGAGGGAGAAGAGGACGCUGGUGCUCCGGGACAGAAAUCUGUGCGGCUCCAGCGAGGAGAAGCAGCGGCCCAGCGCCCCCAGUGCCUCCGGGGCCGUGGUGUGCUGCAGUGACCCUGGGGACAGCGAGGAGGCCAAGCCCCACUCGUACCUGGAGGCCAUCUGCAGCGGGCUGGAGGAGCCAGCGGCUGGUGGCUGCCCCGGGGCCGCAGAGCAGCUGUGUCCCUACGCUGCUGCAGGCACCUGCCACUUCGGGGAGCGCUGCCUCUACCUGCACGGGCAGCUCUGCGAGAUCUGCGGCCUCCAGGUGCUGCACCCCUUCGACCAGGAGCAGAGGAAGGCCCACGAGAUGAUGUGCAUGGCAACGUUUGAGCACGACAUGGAGAGGGCCUUUGCCAUCCAGGCCAGCCAGGACAAGGUGUGCAGCAUCUGCAUGGAGGUGGUGUAUGAGAAGCCCUCAGCCUCAGAGAGGAGGUUUGGGAUCCUGUCCAACUGCACCCACACGUACUGCCUGUCCUGCAUCCGCCAGUGGAGGUGUGCCAAGCAGUUUGAGAACCAAAUCAUCAAGUCCUGCCCCGAGUGCCGGGUGAUCUCCGAGUUUGUCAUCCCCAGCGUGUACUGGGUGGAAGAGCAGGAGAAGAAGAAUGAGCUGAUUGAAGCAUUUAAGCAGGGAGUGGGGAAAAAGCCCUGCAAGUACUUUGAGCAAGGGAAAGGAACGUGUCCCUUCGGAGGGAAGUGUCUGUACCUCCACGCUUACCCCGACGGGACCCGAGCUGAGCCUGAGAAGCCCAGGAAGCAGCUCAGCUCCGAGGGCACUGUGCGGUUCUUCAACUCGGUGCGCCUGUGGGACUUUAUCGAGGACAGGGAGAGCAGGAGCGCUCCCGGCGCCGACAGCGAGGUCACGGAGCUGGGGGAGCUGUUCAUGCACCUGUCCGGGGCUGAGGAGGAGCCUGCUGCUGCCCCCUGAGGACACACGGCCCCUCGGAGCCCGGCAGGGCAGCUAUUUAUUAGCCAUGCUUUCACUCUCUCCAGCACAGGUAGAACAAAACGUGCCCUGGUGGUUACUUGUGCAGUCCUGGUAAAGUUUUCAGAUAGUUUUUAUAUGGCAACAACAAAAAAAAGACUAAAAUAUAUUUAAAAAAAUAAGUUGGCUGCAUGGAAAAAAAUCCCUUAAUCCCAGGAGGGUUUUCUCCCUCUCUGGCCUAACAUAUGCUGUCUUGUGAGCUGAGUGGUAGUGUAAAUGCAGGUCCAGUGAAAGCUUAAGCUGGUAAAAACUGUUGCUAAAUAGAGUUUGGGUGCUUUUGGGUUUUUUUCUCCACUAAAUCAGCUAAAUGUAUAACUACAAACCCCAUUGGGAAUAAUGGUCAGUGUAGGGUUUUCUCCUUAAAAAGGAGUUGUUACAUUAUACCUCAAAUAGUACCUGGAGGUCAGAGGAGAGUGUGGUGGCUUCUCUGGGUGUGUGGGGACAGGGCUGGGCAGGGCCUGGCUCUCCAGGUGCUGCCAGUCGAGUUCCCAGCUCUGUUCUACACUAAUUCAAGUGCUCAGAGUCAGCAGGGACUGCUGCUGGAAAGCAAAAGCAGCUGCACUGAGUGCUGAAGUCACUGCACAAACUGGAGCUUGGGAGCUGCAGCAGCAGUGAGGUGCUCUCACUCAUCCAGGAGUGG